AUGCUUCAGAAUUUCACGACAAAGAAUCGUGGUCCUCAAAAGCGAAUCGCUGAACCGAAAGUGUACGAUAAUUUUUGCGAUCUGGAUGUUUGGAUUUUGAAACGCAAAGGCACAGUUGAAUGUGAUGGCGCUUGCUUCAAAUGGCAACAGAUUAUCGAUAACUCAGGCUCAUAUUCGUAUAUGACAAUGCGUUCGUGCUAUAAUGAGAUGUUCGAUAUGAAGGACCCUUUAACUGCACCUGAACCGGAUGAUUUUUACUGCUCAUCCAAGUAA